AUGCCGUCCUCCUCAUCGCGCAAGGAUAAGUCGGCCACGUCCUCAAACGUCUCCAAGUCAAGCUCCACCUCCAAAAAGAAAGACUCGUCCUCUUCGAGCGGUGGCGGCCGCACCGGCGCCCGGCGGCUCCUCAAGGAGCUCGAGACGUGGCGCGCCGAGCAGCCCGAGGAGCGCGGCAUCGAGCGCCUCGGCCCUGUGAGCGACGAGAACCUGAUGCAGUGGGAAGCCGUCAUCAACGGGCGCGGUGUUGGGCACGGCUACGACGGCGGCCGCUGGCUCCUCGCCAUCGACAUACCCGACGAGUACCCCCUCAAGCCCCCUAAGAUGCGCUUCGCGACCCAGAUCGUGCACCCCAACAUUGCGCUGCAAAACGGCGAGAUCUGCCUCGACCUCCUCAAGGACGCCUGGACACCCACGUACAGCGUGCUCGAGUGCGUGCGCGCUGUCCGCAUGCUUCUCAGCUGCCCGGAGACGGACUCGCCGCUGAACGUUGAUGUCGCGGCGCUGCUGCGCGGCGGCGACGUGGUUGGCACGCGGAAGCUGGUCGAGCUGUGGUGCUCGGAGGACAAGGGACGCUACGAGGGAGCGUAG